UUAAAAUACUGACUGCUUAUCGCAUAAAUGAGAAUGUACCGACAUAUUUCAACAAGUGAUGUAUAUAUUUACCAAUUUUCUGCCAAAUCUGUCUCCCGCAGAUGAAACACUUACAGUUCACAUCCACGUUCGGCACGUAGCUUAGCAACACAGGAAGACAACAAGAUGCAUUUCCUGCCCCGUCUUGGGAAACAGCAUUGAAACACUGCUCUCUGGUGGUCAAAAUGUGCAGCACCCGAGACCAACUACCUGCACAUAUUUAAAUAUAAAGAACAAAUAAAAUUACAUAACUGAACCAAAAUAAUUCGACAUAACAUUUAUUUCUGUCCAGAGUUGCAAAAUCCUAAAUGUUCUUCAUAGAGUGAAGCUCUGGAUUGUGUAGUGACUAAACCAUGUUUUAAAAACAAAAGAUCUCCCACGCUCACUUUGUACAAAUUUCAGACAGACAAAUCCUGACAUACUUGUGUGACAAAUACAUGACUGUAUUUUCAAUUUCAUAGAUCAACCACUCAACCGUAAUCAGUCAUUUUUAGACAUUCCUAAGUUCUCAAGUCCAGUACAAGAAAUCUGGACUUCUUUUGUUGUUUCUUCAGGACGUUUUUCAGCAAUUCGCACCUUGAUAAAGGAGACCAGAUCACCUCACGUAACGUCGUCAGGGACAACAAAGACCCAAACACUGAGCUGAAUAGCCGAUAGGACUGCACCAUUAUUAACUUUAUGGCCCUAUUAGAAUCAGAAUACAGUCUGACUCUACUGGCCAUGUUUGUGGACACAAACAAUGCAGAUGGGCAGAAGAUUAAAAUGCUGCAAAUGUGCCUAAGUUGUUUCUCAGUAGAGUAGCUACUCGAGUUAUAAUGUGCAUCUAUUAUGUUCCUUGAGGAGACAGCCUGGGGGAAGGAGGUGAAGUUUCUACGGCUACUGAAUAGAAACUCAGUGGCCACACUACAGAAACAAGCUCAGUGGUUAUGUUGGUUGUAAAAGCCUUCCAGAAAAACAGUGAGGGGGGAAAAUGUAGGAAAAUCUGCAACAUGAUGUUCUGGGAUCUGUUACGCACACAGAGACAUAAAAUAGUGGAGGUGGUCAGAUUUGAACAUGGGAACAUUCUGUUGAUUUAAUUUUUUAUGGACUAUCAUUACUUUUAAUUGCUGUAAUGCUGUGAAAAAGUUACAUUGGUGGAAAAAGGCCCUGAGAGAUUAUGAGGAAAGUUUCUGUUUUUCUCCUAACAGAGAGGUUCAUCCUCUCCACAUGCGACCAGCAUCAGUAUCACUUUGUCAGUGGAUCUUUCACCUGGAGCGAAGCUCAGGCCUACUGCAGACAGAAACACACAGACCUGGCCACCAUCCAGAGUUUCACAGAAGUGGAGCGAGUUUUGGAAACGCUUUCAUCUGCUGGUCACACAUCGGAGGUCUGGAUCGGUUUGUACAGUGAGAUGGACUGGAGGUGGUCUGAUGGUUUCACAGGGAGCGGGGCUGAAUACAGGGACUGGGAAACCUCUGAUGAUGAACCAGAUUUUUAUUAUGCCUACCAGUUCUGUGUGUUGAUUGCUGACAAUGGCAAAUAUUGGGAUGAUUCCUGCAGCAUCUCGUACCCAUUUAUCUGCUACAACGGCACACAGGAGAAUCCUGAAUAUGUUCUGGUCAAUGAACCAAGAUCCUGGUCCGAUGCUCAGACGUACUGCAGGCAGAACUUCAGAGACCUGUUUGCUUCCUAA